AUACAUACAACACUGCAUAUCUCUGCUUCUUUCUCUCCUCGCUCUUCGCGCUCUCUGCAGAAGAAAAAUAAAACAUUUUCUUGAGAAAGAAGCCACAAUCUCUAUCACUCUCUACUAUGGAUCUUGUUGAGAGUUUUUCCCAUGGCGAUCCUGAUACUCCGCGUUUCAGUGACGACUUCGGUUCUGGCUCUGCUUGCUCUACUCCGUUCGUUAGCGCUCCGUCUAGUCCCGGCCGUGGUCCUCCGCCUGGUUAUUUCUUCAGUGCACCGUCGAGUCCGAUGCAUUUCUUCCUUUGCUCUGCUUCUUCUUCAUCGGAGAAUCCUAAAAAGCUUGACACGUCUUCAUGCGGCGACUUUGAGUUUGACUUCUCGUCGAGGUUGUCUUCAAGCAGUGGUCCUUUAGGCGGUGUUUCCAUGACUUCAGCUGAAGAGCUUUUCUCUAAUGGCCAGAUCAAGCCAAUGAAGCUCUCUUCGCAUCUUCAGAGACCUCAGAUCUUAUCUCCGCUUCUAGAUCUGGAGAACGAGGAAGAAGACGACGAUGAUGAGACCAAACCAAACGGUGAGAUGAAGCGUGGGAGAGAUCUGAAACUAAGAAGCAGAUCUGUUCACCGGAAGGCCAGAUCCCUCUCUCCGCUCCGAAACGCAGCGUAUCAAUGGAACCAAGAAGAAGGAGAAGAAGAAGAAGUCGCCGGAGAGAGAGAAGUUAAAGAGUGUAUAAGAAAGCUUCAAGAAGACGAAAACGUGCCUUCAGCUGAAACGACACCGUCUUGUUCUGCUUCUUCUUCACGAUCAUCGUCUUACGGUAGAAACUCUAAGAAAUGGAUCUUUCUUAAAGAUCUGCUUCACAGAAGCAAAAGCGAAGGAAGAGGCAACGGGAAAGAGAAGUUCUGGUCCAACAUUUCCUUCUCUCCUUCCAAUUUCAAAGACAAGAAACUCAAAUCAUCUCAACUUGAAGAGAAACCGAUUCAAGAAACAGUUGACGCUGCCGUGGAAUCAAAGAAGCAGAAGCAGAAACAACCGCCGGCGAAGAAAGCUCCGGUUAACGGAAAACCAACCAACGGGAUAGCAAAACGGAGAGGAUUGCAGCCGUCUGCUCACGAGCUACAUUACACAACGAACAGAGCUCAAGCAGAGGAAAUGAAGAAGAGAACAUAUUUGCCUUACAGGCAUGGACUCUUUGGUUGUUUAGGGUUUAGUUCCAAAGGUUACAGUGCCUUGAACGGUUUAGCCCGUAGCUUAAACCCAGUUUCAUCUGGUUAAAUCAUAGAUUAAGCAAAUGUUUUAUGUAUAGAUUAUGAAUCCUUAAGUUAUAUAUAGACUAUAGUAUAUGUCAUUGUAUUCCAUCAUUUCUUAGAUUUGAUUACUAUGAUUCUCUUCUAGUUCUUGGGAAUGUAUUCAGAAUCUAAAAUUUACAGUAAUGUUGUAGUAACAGCUUUGUGAGUUUUGUUUU